GGCAUCUGUGGUCCAACUGGACUGGUCAGAGCAGAGUGGAACUGCUGGAAAGCCAGAGUCGGACGCGGACCGUUGCUGCUGCGCGCCUCCCCUUCGGGGCCAGAAGCGCCCUUUGGGUGGUUGUGAGUUGUCGCCAGAGGGUGUGUCGUGACCAGGAGCCUGGCUCUGGAGUUAGCUUCGCUUGCUUCCGGAUCCCGACUCUUCCUCUUUCUUGAUGUUUGGAGAAACUAAGUUUCUGUUCUAAGUUCCCGUUUCGUCAUCUGUUCAAAGGGAAUAAUGACGGUGUCUACCUCAUGGGUCGUUGGGAUGCAAAGAACGAGCGUGUCGAACGCUCGGGUGGUAGAGAGCCCGUAAGCAAGCUGCUUCUGCUGUCGCUGGGAGAAAACCACGUGUAUGUCGUAAGGAAGGAAGUCCCUUUCUUCACUAAUUCCAGACCUAGGUGACGGAGCGAGAGCCAUUCUCGCAGACUGCCAGUGGACAGAAAUGUUCUUAACCAGUAAAGGGUGUCUGCAGAAAACCUACAGAGAACGUUGGUUUUAAUGAGGAAGUGUGGAAACACUUCCUGUAUCAUCAGGUUCCGGACAGAGGACACUUCUCUUCCCUGCCCCGCCCAGGUGAGGGCGGCCCCACAACCAGAGAGCGGCAUUGACCUGCCUAAGGCCUGCACCGCUAGAAACACAAAACUUCUCCUUCGUAUAGAACCUAGGAGAGCCUGUGGCCUAGGCUCUAGGAAUAAAUCUGUGUGUGGAACCUGAAAACUCACUUGAGAGAUCUGGGAGGACACCUCAAGAAAUGGAGAGAUGGUCCUCGUUCAUAACUAGGAAGGAACCUCAGUAGUGUAAACGCUGCGGGUCUGUUUUCAAGUUGAUGUGUAUGUUCAGUGCGUUUCCAGUGAAAACCCCGGCGGGGUUUCUCACCGAAGGUGGUGGCCGAUCCUAAAAUUGUAAGACAGAGCCAAGGGCCAUGCAUAGGGAGGACCCUCGUGAGGAAGACUCCCGGUACCUCACGCGAGAGUCUAGCAGUUAAGAGCGCGUGGUGUCGCCUGGGGAUGAGUGUGUGCAGCACAGCAGAGGGCCCCAGGCAGACGUGCGGUUCUGGGGGACUUUGCUGCGGGAAGAAGUGCCAGCACCCACGGGGUGGAGGGCUGAUCCUGCAGAGACGCUGGCCCUUUCCGUACAGAAAAACGUGCAGUCGGGUGCCUGCCUGCCUGGUCCUAGGUGUGGUAACUGGGAGAUGGAGCAAGGACUUGAACGUUUCAUUAGGUUUUACAAGGCUGUACUGUGGUGACAGAACCCCUGAGUUCUCAGUGGCUGAAGCACCAGACGGUCCUCCCUGGCUCACGUCACACGUUGGCGGCUGCGAGUCGGUCGCCACGGUCUUGUCAUUCUGAGACCCGGGCUGAGGCUGUCGCGUUUGGGACACGUUCUUCCUGUGAUACCAGAAGAGGCCGAGCCUAAUCACUCCAUCACGUUUGAAGCCGCCUGGACGUGGUGUGUGUCACACCGGGGUCACGGGGAGCAGCGCAGGGCGUGUACUCGGCCCACGUCCGGGGAGGCACUGCCAGUCCUUCCCACGGCGACGGUUCUGCCGGAGACUUCCAUCUGGCCUCAAUGUGAAAGUAAAGUAGACCGCAUCUGUGUGUGUGUUGCUGAUUCAUUGGUCAUGUCUGAGGAGGGAAAUUCUGGUCUAGAUGGCUGACAGCCCGCGACAAUAGAUGCUGAUCCUCGAUGUCCGGCGUCUCUCCUUCUUCCUGGAGUGAAAAUCCCCUCCAGAUACCAACAGAACGCCACCUGCAGAAAAUGCCUCGCAUUUUAAGGAUUCAUGCGCCCUGUGUGCACAGUUGCCGUGGACGGCUUACCAUCUGAGAGCUCCUCAGCCUCUUCUCCAGGCCCCGCACCUGUGUCUGAGAUGUCUCUGCUCCAUGCUCUGGGCCCAGUGCAGACCUGGCUGGGACAGGAGCUGGAGAAAUGUGGCAUCGACGCCAUGAUCUAUACCCGGUAUGUCCUCAGCCUCCUGCUGCACGACAGCUAUGACUACGACCUACAGGAACAGGAGAAUGACAUCUUCCUGGGCUGGGAAAAAGGAGCUUAUAAGAAAUGGGGAAAGAGUAAGAAAAAGUGCUCAGAUCUAACUCUAGAAGAAAUGAAAAAACAGGCUGCUGUCCAGUGUCUUCGUUCUGCUUCUGAUGAAAGCUCUGGCAUCGAGACUCUGGUGGAGGAGCUCUGCUCCAGACUGAAAGACCUGCAGAGCAAGCAAGAAGAGAAGAUUCACAAAAAGUUAGAGGGGUCUCCCUCUCCAGAGGCAGAAUUAUCCCCUACAGCAAAGGAUCAAGUGGAAAUGUACUACGAAGCGUUCCCACCGCUGUCCGAGAAGCCAGUCUGCCUGCAGGAGAUCAUGACCGUGUGGAACAGGUCUAAAGUCUGUUCUUACUCCAGCUCUUCCUCGUCGUCCACGGCGCCCCCCGCCAGCACAGACACGUCCUCCCCCAAAGACUGCAACAGCGAAGGCGAAGCGAGCAAGGAGAGAAGCCGCGAGGCGGGCACCACUGCACACGAGAGAGCCCAGAGCAAGAGCAGAAGCGAGAAGGAGGACAGGUUCGGGCACGGCGCCACGGAAGAGAAGCCCGCCCUGUACAAAAAGCAGGUCCGACACAAACCUGAGGGACGGAUUCGCCCUCGCUCGUGGUCCUCCGGCUCGAGUGAAGCGGGCUCAAGUUCGAGCGGUCCUCGGGGAGAACUAAAAGCCUCCGUGAAGUGCGUGAAAGUCCGACACAAGACGCGAGAAGUUCGGAACAAGAAAGGGCGGAACGGGCCGGGCAGGCUGUCGCUGAAGCCCGGCGACAAGGCCGAGCGGGCCGUCCACGCCGCCGGCAGCAGCAGCAGCGGCAGCGGUGGUGGCGGCGGCUCCGUCAAGCCGCUGUGCCGGCGCGGGAAGAGGCCCCUGAAGGACCCGGGGAGGAGAGACCCCGGGAGCGCCGAAGGAAGAGACCUGUCCCUGGAGAGCAGAAACGACAGGGAGUACAAGGAGGAGCCGCUGUGGUACACGGAGCCGAUUGCCGAGUAUUUCGUUCCUCUGAGCAGGAAAAGCAAACUAGAGACCACCUACCGAAACAGACCGGAUGCGAGCGACCUGCCGUCGGAGGCGGUGGACGAGUUGUCAGAGUCCGUGCACGGUCUUUGUAUCAGCAACAAUAAUAUGCAUAAAACAUACCUCGCAGCAGGUACUUUCAUUGAUGGUCAUUUUGUAGAAAUGCCUGCGGUCAUCAAUGAGGAUGUUGACCUCACUGGGACCUCGUUCUGUCCUCUCCCGGAGGACAACAAAUAUCUGGAUGGUAUUCAUCUGUCAGAAUUAACACACUUCUAUGAAGUGGACAUUGAUCAAUCCAUGUUGGAUCCUGGUGCCUCAGAAACCACGCAAGGAGAAAGUCGGAUUUUGAAUAUGAUUCGACAAAAAAGCAAAGAGAAAACCGAUUUUGAGGCAGAAUGUUGCAUAGUGUUAGAUGGAAUGGAGUUGCAAGGGGAACGUGCAAUAUGGACAGAUUCUACCAGCUCCGUGGGCGCCGAGGGCUUAUUCCUGCAAGACCUCGGCAAUCUGGCUCAGUUCUGGGAGUGCUGUUCUUCCAGCUCGGGCGAUGCCGACGGGGAGAGUUUUGGGGGGGAUUCUCCAAUCAGACUCUCCCCGAUCUUGGACAGCACGGCGCUCAAUCCACAUUUGCUUGCUGGCAAUCAGGAGCUCUUUUCAGAUAUUAAUGAAGGAUCUGGUAUAAACUCUUGUUUUUCAGUGUUUGAAGUGCAAUGCAGUAAUUCUGUUUUACCGUUUUCUUUUGAAACACUCAACUUGGGGAAUGAAAAUACAGAUUCUAGUGCUAAUAUGCUUGGGAAAACACAGUCUAGAUUGCUAAUAUGGACCAAAAAUAGUGCCUUUGAAGAAAACGAACACUGUUCUAAUCUCUCAACGAGAACUUGUAGCCCAUGGUCCCAUUCGGAAGAGACGCGUUCGGACAACGAGACGUUAAAUAUUCAGUUUGAAGAGUCCACGCAGUUUAACGCAGAAGAUAUGAAUUAUGUGGUUCCUAGAGUCUCAUCAAAUUAUGUAGAUGAAGAGCUCCUAGAUUUCCUGCAAGACGAAACUUGCCAGCAAAACAGUAGAACGUUGGGAGAAAUUCCCACCUUAGUCUUCAAACAAACAUCGAAGCUAGAAUCCGUCUGCGGUAUUCAGCUGGAACAAAAGACGGAACCCAAGACCUUGGAAACUGCGCGAGGCUGUGGCGAGAGCGGUCCACGUGGAGGCGGUUACAGCUCAGGGGUCAUUAAAGACAUUUGGACACAGAUGGCAGACGGGGGUUCUGUCGCUACGGCGGACGUGGAGCGAACGGACGAGGAGUUGUUCCCGACAGAUGUCAACAACUACUGCUGCUGCCUGGACGCCGAGGCCGAGGCGGAGACCCUCCGGGAGCCCAGCAAGGCCGUGCAGAGGUCGGAGUACCGUCUGUGGGAGGGCCAGAAGGAGAGCCCGGAGAAGAGAGCUUUCGCGUCCGGGGAGCUGUCGAAGGUGGACGGUGGCGACUACACGACGCCCUCGAAACCUUGGGACGUGGCCCAGGACAAAGAGAACACCUUCAUUCUCGGAGGAGUUUACGGAGAACUCAAGACCUUCAGCAGUGACGGGGAGUGGGCGGUCGUCCCGCCCGGUCCCACGAAAGGAAGCCUGCUGCAGUGCGCGGCCUCUGACGUGGUGACCAUAGCAGGUACGGAUGUCUUCAUGACCCCGGGAAACAGUUUCGCUCCCGGUCACAGGCAGUUGUGGAAACCCUUCGUGUCGUUUGAGCAGAACGAUCCGCCGAGGAGUGGGGAAAAUGGAUUAAAUAAGGGAUUUUCUUUUAUCUUCCAUGAAGACUUACUAGGAGCUUGUGGUAACUUUCAGGUUGAGGAUCCUGGGCUUGAAUAUUCCUUCUCUUCCUUUGACUUAAGCAAUCCGUUCUCACAAGUCCUUCACGUGGAGUGUUCAUUCGAACCCGAAGGGAUUGCCUCUUUCAGCCCCAGUUUUAAGCCGAAAUCCAUCCUGUGCUCUGAUUCGGACGGCGAAGUUUUUCACCCCAGGAUAUGUGGCGUCGACAGAACACAGUACAGGGCUAUUCGGAUCUCUCCGAGGACUCACUUCCGCCCCAUUUCUGCGUCCGAGCUGUCCCCAGGAGGAGGAAGCGAGUCGGAAUUUGAAUCUGAGAAAGAGGAAGCAAAUAUUCCCAUUCCUUCUCAAGCCGAUGCGUUUGAAGAUCCACAGGCAGAUCUCCAGCCGCUGGAAGAAGAUGCGGAGAAAGAAGGCCAUUACUAUGGAAAAUCAGAGCUCGAGUCUGGAAAGUUCCUUCCCAGGUUAAAAAAGUCUGGCAUGGAAAAGAGCGCUCAGACGUCACUGGAUUCUCAGGAGGAAUCAGCCGGGAUUCUGCCAGCGGGGAAGCGGAAUCAGUGUCUGGAGUGUAGCAUGAAUGAGUCUCCGGAAAUUGCUUUAGAAAGCUCAGAAGCAAAUUGUAAAAUAAUGGCACAAUGCGAGGAAGAAAUUAAUAAUUUUUGCAGUUGCAAAGCAGGUUGUCAGUUUCCUGCUUAUGAAGAUAAUCCAGUUUCUUCGGGACAGCUGGAAGAGCAGUUUCCUGUAUUGAACACUGAUGUUCAAGGAAUGAAUAGAAGUCAAGAAAAACAGACUUGGUGGGAAAAAGCCUUGUACUCUCCUCUUUUUCCUGCGUCAGAGUGUGAAGAAUGUUAUACAAAUGCCAAGGGAGAGAAUGGUAUAGAAGAGUGUCCAGAUGGUAAAGACAUGCCCAGUAACGAAGAGCGUCCAUUAGAUUUUAAUAGGGUGUCUUCUGUUUAUGAAGCAAGGUGUGCAGGAGAGAGAAAUGCCGGAGCAAAACCCAACGGCUUCCACAGAAAGAUCUCCUCCAGCGCCAGCUCCGGCUCGGAAGGCUCCGGCUCGGACGGUGGGGGCGAGUGGGCGGACCCUGGCGAAGAGGAGCUCUUUUCUCGAACUCAUCUCUAAACCUGCAGCGUAGUGCAAAUUAAUUUUUGAAAACGAUCUGUGAUGGCAAAUUACCCUUUUGUGAGGCCUGUUAAUCUAAAACAACAACUUAGGGUUCUUCUUCAAUUAACUGAUUCAGAUCAGUAAUUAUCUUUCUCUUCUUGCUUAUUUUAGAGUUGAGGACAGCUAUCCUGUUGAACUUUUUUUUUUUUUUUCCUCCAAGCUGUUAAAUUCUUGGCUAUUUGAAAUAGACUAGAUUGUGUUGUCAAAUCCAGAAUGGGUGUGCAUGUGCUUGUCUAGGAGUAGCCCUGCGUUCCGCAUCUUGACUGCAGCUACGGUCCUGCUGGCUGCAGCCCGGUCACUGUUACCCUAGCACCGCGGUGUCCGCAACCACUUCCGCUCUCCAGAGACUUGAGCUUUGGGACCUUUAGGCUUUGUUCUCUAAGAACUGGGACAUAGACACCUACCCCUGCAAUGGAUCGGUGCCUUCCUGAAGGCAGGAGGGAAGCAUGAGUGACUCAUCCACGGUCUUCAUUCAGUCAGAUCUCAUGUACAUUUGAAGUAGGAACCGCAAGGGUGUGCUUUUAGAGACUUACACGAUACUGUGUUUUCUAUCUUAGGAUUUUCCCCCUCAAGUAUCAUGGAAGAUACUAUGGUGUGUGAUUUCUUGCUAGCUGAAGGAGCCAAGGCUUUGGGGUGUCGGGUGGCGUACGAGGCCCAGCGGGGUAGAGAGCGUACCCCCAGCCCGUUCUUACGUUGCAGUUACGUUUAUGCCAAAACACCCCUUCCGGGUUGUUUGUGGUUUGGAUCUUAGUUGCAAAUUAUGGUUUGCUGGUGACCUCCAUUGACUCGAAGCCUCCAGAACUCUAAAUGAUAAACGUCUGACGUGCAGUAAAGGCCACCUCGUCACCCCGAAGAAACCUCGGCUGCUGCAGCUAGCUCCCGUUGUGGCUGUGAUUUUAGUAGAGCUUAGAUCUCAUUUUGUGUUUGAGAGAAUGUUCUGGGCAAGUUCUGUGUGGUGGGUUGGGGGCGGGGGGAGUAACAGUUUCUCCCAUACCUGUGCGAUUGCUUCAUGGGACUCGCUUUCCACUCUCGUGGGGACCCAGGGGUCAGUCCGUCUCACACCAGUCCCGUCCACUCAUGAUGGCCACUUCCUCGCGCUUUCACGCCGCCGGGCAGCAGGUGAAGCUGGGAGGAGCGGUGUUUGUAAAACCAGAUUGUGUUUCCUUUUAAACUAACUCCUUACGAAAAAGACAAAACAAAACAACCUAAUUUGUAGCAUCAGUUUGGCAUGUCUGUAUCGUCAGGAAUGGCAGAAAAGCGUGACACAGACGAGACCGCGUCACCACUGCCCUUGGCGGGCAGCACACGCGUGCGGUGACCGGCUGGGGGCGAAGUGGCCGAGGAAUCCCUGAUGUGCUUUGAGCACUGGGUGGUGUUGCCCUUCUCGUCGUUGAUGACACGGGCGAGCGACCCCGAGGCUGUGGGGUCGUCCCGGUUGUGUGUGUCGUCGCUGUGAGAGACCUGAUGGACGGUUGGCUCGGAUCUCGCCACACGGCAGGGUUUGUUUUUAUACAGCACAUCUUUUGACACUUUAAAGUGGGUGUGUGUGCGUGUGUGUGCGUGUGUGCGCGCGUGUGUAAGGUUUACGUUGCUGUUAUUUAUUUACAGACUUUAUAAGGUUUUAUGUAUUUUUCUUUCUUCCGGAGCUUCCUAAAAAGUGAUUAGCAUCUGCACUGAAAUACAAUUUAACAGCAAAGGCAAAAAAGAAUUGGAAGUUGUAAAUUCCUAAAAUCACUACGGUGACGAUCAUUCUAGAAAUCGUUGCUUAAUGUAGCAGAGACCAAAUAAAUAUAUUUCAGACA